AAGAACACCACGCUGAACACAUCCAGCUCCGCAACGUCUUCAGGUGUUUUGGGGAAUUUUGGCGAAAGCUGAAAGUACUAAGCAUCUCUUGACUUUAAAUAUCUUGAAGUCCUGCUUCUUGCUCUCUGAGUAGACAUGCAUGGUGUGAAGCCAUUGGUGCACCGGCAGUUUACAAUGGUGACGUUAAUGUUGUCGGCAACGAUGUCGGUGAUGUUCACUACUGUGACAUUGCUGAUAAAGUGUGACUCUCUUGUUGACUCAUCCCUACCAGGUGGGUCACCUCUUGAAUAUAAGGCGCCAAGAUAGUUUAUUCCUGUCAAUUCAGAUAUUUUGUUUUUAUUAGUGAAAUAAUUAUAUCAGUAUUAUAUUUCAUGCAAUAAUACGCCCUAAACAAAUAGCACUGAGUUUCUCAACAGCGAAACCAAGGAACUACAGAUGUCUGAUAUGAACGUGGACGCAGUAUUACCAAUAGGUAUACAGACUGUCCUCCAAAACAACCACGAACAACUGCCUCUUCGUCUCUAUCCUAACCUUGGGAAAGUGGGUUAUUUUAUAAAUGGGUAUAGCAUUAUAAGCAAGAGUAGGAAGACUAGUUAUGUCGUAGUAACGCCAUGGAUGUGUUUGUGGCAGGACGUAGGCUGCUAGAUAAAAAAAAAGUCCAGAGAGGUACAACCUUACUGUUAUAUGAGUGUGAAACGGAAGCUUUUUAAAUCCUUUUGCACUUUUUCAGGAUUACCUGCAUUUUCUAAUGUCUAUAUAAUGUAAAAUAAUGGGUAAAUCACACAAAUUUCUUCUUUCAGUAAACUGUUAUCUUUAAUUUUCUGUGCUUUUUAAUACUUCGUAUUCCCAUAGUGUUUCCUUUUCAUCUGAGAAACUGUCUGAGGUCAGGCAGCCGGGUGAUGAUCCAAGGAAUCGACCCCUGCAACCACAUAUAGGUGCAUUUGAGCUAAGUGAGCGGCUGAGGCAACGUGUGCGUCAGGUGUGCAAGACCUUCAAUAUCUCCACGCCUGUCACCAACUUUCAACUCAGCACUAUCUUCGUGGACGAAGGGCGACGUCUCCUCUACUGCAGUAUUCCUAAGCAGGCUGCCAGCACCAGCUGGAAGAGAAUGUGGCUGAAGUUAACUGGCGCCAUCAGCACAGAGAACAAGACAUCGCAGCUCACCAGAGAUGCGGUCCACAGCCACCCGUACCUGUGGUCGCUGUACCAUCCCAGGUUCGAGGACACGAGGGCGGACAUGUUAGCCUCCUACAGAAAAAUGAUAAUCGUUCGACAUCCCCUCGAACGGGUCAUCUCUACCUACAGGGAUAAGCUGGAGGGAUACACAGGACGUGAGAGGGUAAACUUCCGUAAAUACAUGAAAGAAAGAAUUGAAGAAAAGUUUGGCCUCUCAUCACCAGGAGAUCUGGUGAGCUUCGUGGACUUUGUCAGGUUCAUCGUGGAGCAGGACAACGAGGAGUUGGUCCAGUUGGACCCACACUGGCGCUCCAUACACCAGCUGUGUAAUCCUUGUGCCAUCGAGUACGACUUCAUUGGCAAGUUCGAGCGGCUGCGUGAGGACUCUACUUCUGUUCUACGUUGGUUAGGUAGUGAGGGAGAGAUGCUGCUGCCCCAGGAGAUGUACCCCACCUCCGCCUCCAACUUCACUGCACACUACCUGGGCCUCCUGCACACUGAUCUCAAACAAGCCUUUCUUGUUAAGUACCUCAUCGACUACAUCAGCUUCGAUUACGCUCUCCUCUGACUAU